GUAAGGGUACCGUAUUUACACUUAUACUGUGUAUCUACAAAGUGUAAAUACGGUUUAUAGACAGCCUACAUGUAACAACGUAAAUAUAGACUAUAAUAGAAAAUAUAUAUGAUAAUAUUUAAAUGAUAUAGGACAUUGCAUACGGGUAAGUAUAAGAAAAAAUGUGAUUUUAUAGAAUAGAAUAGCGAAAAGUUAAGGUAAGUCUAGAGGGUUAUGAUUUUUAUUAGCAUAAUGUAUCUAAUUUCAAGUGUAUACUUUGUUUUCACUUAUUUAUUCUUUGAGUUUACGACUGCUUUGUUUGUUUUUCGUAAAUGCAUGGUCCAAAAUUUGCCCUUUUGAGAUAAAUACAAUUAUUGAGAGAUUAAAGGAUAGCAAUAGAGAAGUCUUUUAUUUAUUUAAGUUGGCCAACAUCUACAUUUUCCAGUCAUAGAUGAAUAUUUAAACUUUUUCCCUAUGAAUACUUGUGCAUAUUUCCAAAUUGACAAUAAAUAAGGCUUCACCCACCUAUUCCUCCAACACCUCACUAAUAAUACUUUCCUUCUCUUGACAUUAUGUGGGUGAUUUGCUUUCACAUGGCCACGCCCCAGCUGCGUGAUGCCUCUCCUGCACUCCUACUGUCCACAGCCCAGUGUGCGCAGGCCAUCAGCUCGGCAGCACGUCCCGGCAACAGAUUCUUGCAUUUUAAAUAACUCUGGUUGUGCAACGUGUGUAGCCGAAGACAGUUUUUCUCAUCGAGCAUGAACCUCAGUCUCCCCGACCAGACCAUGCACAACUCCAGUGAAGGCUGCCUCGAGGACGACAAACCUGAUGUCAUGUUGCCUUGCUUCCGCAGAAACAUGUACGACGAGCCUCUGGCCUCAUACUCCAGCGGAUCCAUCAUCUCUCAACUCCUUCGCAAGACAAUCCACAACAAGAGGGCACUAGAUGAAAGCCAUUUCUACCUUUCAGGCUCCGCUGCGGCUGACUCCAGCCAGGAGGACCAGUGCAGCGUAUCCUCAAAAGACAGCACUGUGGAAGCUGCCUCCCCCGGCGCUCAUGUUCCCACAGGAGCCGGCACGGAGGUGGAGCAUCCCAUGGCUGACCACCUGCAGGCCAAGAGGGCCAGAGUGGAGAACAUUAUCAGGGUCAUGGCGGGCUCUCCCAACAGCCGGCAGCCUGGAGACAGCGAGAGGUGUGACACAGAUGCCAGAGACACCAGAGAGGCCAGAGAAGCAUACAGGGAGAACAAACGUAAACAGCGGUUGCCUCAGCAUCAGGAACACAGUGUUGGAGGGCCGGCAAACAGAAGACCCGGAAGCAGCAGCAAUAGUGAUAACUGCAACAAGGAUGAGGAGUGUCACAAGCUGAAGGAGCAGUUGCACAGCAUGCAGAGGCUGCUGCGCCAGCUCCAGGAAAAGUUCCUGCAUGUUUACAACCAGGAGGACCCUGAAAACAACGACAGAGAUGACACAGAAGGUGUGGAGCAUGAAAGCACAGAGUCACGGUAUGUAAGCACUGAAGAUGAUUUUGAAAGGAAGAAUAGCAGGGUGACUGCGGAGUGUAAGGACCGAAUGAAAGUAGUUGGUUAUCUGGUGCAACAGAGGGAGAGUCGGAGCCUGCAGGACACCCUGAAGCAGGAGCUCUCCAGGGCUGUGAAUGACUGUGUGGACAGAGUGUUCAAGAAGGCGUCCUCCACAGGGCAGGAUCUGUCCCCUCAGCAGCGCAUGUGCUCCUCUCCAGAGCUGCAGAUAGGUGCAGACAGGAAGCGCCCGCAGGCCGGCUCCUCCCAGGAACAGCCCCAGGCGGAGGAGGCUGCGGUGAAGCCCUGCUCUUUGGAGUAUUAUGAAAGCUCCGAGGCUCACAGCCCACCGGACCAGACGGAGGCACUGUCACUGGUGGUCCGCAAGCCGCCCGUGACCCCUCUGAGCUCAGUCACCCCGACAGUGAAGAGGCCCUACCCCAUGCACCAGAAUCCAUUUCAGUUCAGCUACAGCACCCCUCUGCACGACAGUCAGAUCCUGGAGCAUCUUCUUAAGUACGGGCCACAUUCCAGUUUCGGGGGUCACCCCUGCAUGGCCCCAUCCAUGGACAGGAACUCCCCAGACUCCGUGGACAUGCCCUGGGACGCCAUCGCCAUGAGGUCCAAGGUGACGUCCAGCCACCUCGCCCACCACGCCCGUGCCUCCGCCCUGGGGGCAGUGACGGUCGACAAUCUGUGUCUCCCCCACGUCAAGAUCGAGUGCGGAGAACUGCAGAGCAUGGCCGACCGAAACCCCUACAUGUCACUCAACAUCCAGGAGGGUCUCACCCCGAGCCAUCUGAAGAAGGCCAAGCUGAUGUUCUUCUACACCCGCUACCCCAGCUCCAAUGUGCUGAAAAAUUUCUUCCCUGAUGUCAAGUUCAACCGCUGCAUCACCUCUCAGCUGAUCAAGUGGUUCAGUAACUUCAGGGAGUUCUACUACAUCCAGAUGGAGAAGUUUGCCCGCCAGGCCAUCGUCGAUGGCAUCAGUGAUAUCAAAGACAUGACGGUUAGCAGGGACUCGGAGCUGUUCCGGGCGCUGAACAUGCACUACAACAAAGCCAAUGACUUCCACGUUCCAGACAGAUUCAUGGAGGUUUCUGAGAUUACCUUGCAUGAGUUUUACAGUGCCAUUUCCGCAGCCAAAGAUUCAGACCCCUCAUGGAAAAAGGCCAUCUACAAGGUGAUCUGUAAACUGGACAGCGACGUCCCGGAAGAGUUCAAGACAUCUUCUUAUUUAUAGGCCGAAGUGGGGGAUUAGAAAAGUGGAAGAAUUGGAGUUGGUCACCUGACAGUAUUAUUUCAUCCUUUAUUGUAGUGCAUUUUAGUGAGGUGAAAUGUAGAUGUUGGAUAAUUAAUAAUUUUGUAGAUCUUAAAAAAACACACAUCAUUUUAAAUAUGAAUAAGCUUUAGUCUGUAAUGCUGUAUGUUUAAAAAAAAAGAGAAAGAAAUAAUCUACAAACAUGAUGGCUCUUUAUUCUAUUGUUUAGUGUUUACUCUGUAUGAUCUGCCUCAACACAUUUAAGGAAUUUGUAGGUGUGUACAAAUGUUUACAGAGUGCUUCCAUUCUUUUUCAAUAUUAUAAAACGAUAUAGUAGCCUGUUUAGCUGACCUAGAAGACUUUUUUGGCAAUUACCGUCAGUAUUAGUUUGCUUUUGACUCCUGGCUGUGUGUGUUUUGUAAAUGUACAUGCGCUACAGUUGAGUGCUGCAUAUUGUUAUCUUUUAUCUUGACAGAAUGCGCAUGUGAAAAAUAAUGCUGUUUUGGUUUAAUUAUGUAUAAAAAGGUCAUGUAAAGUACAAUCAUUUUCAGAUAUUUCAUUCACAGACAAUGUACUGGAUGAUUAUUGAA